CUUUGCAACGUUGAAACCUAAGCCAUUGCAGAUUUGCAGCGAUAGAGUAAUACAUAUAUAUAUAUGCAACGCAGUGUUUGUGUAUAUAUAUCUUACUCGUUCUUCCUGCUUUUAGUCAUCAAAUCAUCAAAUUUGUAUAAUAGCCAUGAAGGGUACUCCAAACAUGGCCUAUAUUUCUGUUGUCGUUUGUUUGACGUUGGUGUUUCAUUCGGUUGCUAGUGCAAAGUACGAGGAUACUUACAUUGUCCAUGUAAGUCCACCUGCCGCCGCCAUUAAUGGCGUCUCAGAGGAUUACCGAUCUUAUUUCCGAUCAUUUGUGUCAGAGAGUGGUGAUGAAGGUGAAAGGUCUCGAAUAGUGCACUCAUAUCGCCAUGUGGCGUCUGGGUUUGCGGCUAAACUGUCGCCGGAGAUGGUGAGUGAAAUGAGGAAGAAGAAAGGGUUUAUCUCUGCUAGGCGUCAAAGGGUGUAUAAUCUAUACACAACUCAUAGUCCUAAUUUCUUGGGGCUUUACCAAAACUUUGGGUUUUGGCGAAACUCGAGUUAUGGGAAGGGUGUGAUAGUGGGGGUUUUGGACACCGGGAUCACGCCGAACCACCCGUCGUUUAACGACGAGAACAUGCCGCCGCCGCCGGCGAAGUGGAAGGGGAAGUGCGAGUUUGAGGGGACGGCGUGUAACAACAAGCUGAUCGGUGCGAGGAAUUUUGUGAGCGAGGGGUCGUCUCCGCCGCCGCCGCCGGUGGAUGAGGAAGGGCAUGGCACGCACACGGCCAGCACGGCCGCCGGGAACUUUGUAGGGAACGCGGCGGUGUUUGGUAGUGCGAAAGGGACGGCGGUUGGAAUGGCGCCUCUUGCCCACUUAUCCAUCUACAAGGUUUGCACGGAAGAUGGGUGUGCGGAAUCCGACAUUCUGGCCGCCAUGGACGCCGCCAUUGACGACGGCGUCGACGUGCUCUCCCUCUCCCUUGGAGGCGGCUCCGCGUCUUUCUUUGAAGACAGCAUCGCCAUUGGCGCCUUCGCCGCCAUGGAAAAGGGCAUUUUCGUGAGCUGCGCAGCCGGGAAUGAAGGCCCGGAUUACUACACCUUAUCCAACGAAGCUCCAUGGCUCCUCACAGUUGGGGCAAGCACAAUUGACAGAACCAUUAAAGCCACAGCCGUGCUAGGAAACGGGGCACAAUUAGACGGCGAAUCGGCUUUCCAGGUCGAGAAUUUCCCACCCACUUUAUUGCCAUUGAUAUACCCUGGCUCAAAAGAUGAAGAUGCGGCGCUCUGCGGGCCAGGAUCAUUGGACAAGGUUGAUGUGAAGGGGAAAGUUGUGUUGUGUGAUAGAGGUGGUGGGAUAGCCAGAGUGGAUAAAGGCCAAACAGUGAAGGAUGCAGGUGGAGCCGCCAUGAUUCUACUCAAUCAGGACAUUGAUGGGUACACCAUUUUGGCUGAUACUCAUGUGCUUCCCGCCACAGAGUUGAGUUAUAAUGAUGGGUUAAAAGUGAAAGACUAUAUAAACUCCACCUCCUGGCCCACAGCGACAAUAGUGUUCAAAGGAACAUUUAUUGGCACAAAGACUGCCCCAUCUGUUGCAUCUUUCUCCUCCAGAGGGCCUAGCAAUGCUAGCCCCGGAAUUCUCAAGCCGGACAUUCUCGGCCCGGGGGUCAACAUUCUUGCUGCCUGGCCAGUGGGCAACAACACAAAUAAUGGAAAUGGAAAUGCAACUUUCAACAUUAUUUCUGGGACAUCAAUGGCAACCCCUCACCUUAGCGGGAUCGCGACAUUGCUCAAGAGCGCGCACCCAGAUUGGUCUCCAGCUGCUAUAAAAUCCGCGAUCAUCACUACCGCGGAUCAGUACAACCUAAAUGGCACCAAGAUUCUUGAUGAAAGGUUGGUUCCUGCUGAUGUCUUUGCCACCGGUGGUGGCCAUGUGAACCCUUCAAGAGCUAGUGAUCCAGGGCUCAUAUAUGACCUCCAAUCUGAUGACUAUAUACCUUACUUGUGUGGGCUAAACUACACAGACCAGGAGAUCCAGCAAAUCGUGCAACGCAAAGUUGAGUGUUCCCAGGUUACAAGCAUACCCGAGGCACAACUUAACUAUCCUUCAUUUGCUAUUUGGUUGGGAAAAACCAGUUUAACAUAUUCCAGGACAGUUACCAACGUUGGUGAGGCAAACUCAAUGUACACUGUUAAAGUGUCUCCAUUUCUAGGGGUUGAUGUUGGGGUCACGCCAGACACUUUGGUCUUCACUGAGGUGAACCAACAACUCACUUAUAACAUCUCCUUUAGCCCAUCAUCCACACCAGUCGAUAUAGAUUUUGUUCAAGGGGCUAUUGCUUGGGUCUCCCAGAGGCACAUUGUGAAAAGUCCCAUUGCUAUUAUUUUCCAAUGAGGCCUCAAUUAAGAGGAUAUUUGACACGGUGGGAGUAUUUCACCGCUCUAAAUGCCUUAGAAGUGACCCUCGAGGUGGGCCGUACCGCUUGCACUUGACUAGUUUAUAUACUUUCUCUUAAUAAAAUCAGGCUACAAGCCACUAUUGUAUUUGAUUCUUAUGUUUUCUUUGAUUACCUGGUUAACUUGGUUUUUAUCCUUGAAAUAAAAAUUUGAAUUUUUUUUC